CGUAGCCAGACAGUAACAUUGAGUUGCAUAGUGCAGCUCUUGGAAAUCCACCUUCUUUUCUGCUGAACGCCAUUGUGGACCGUAAAGGCUUUGUAUUGAGGAAGUAAGAUCAACGAAGCAGUUAACAUGGCACAAGACCCUGAUAUGCCGACUUUCAAGUGCGUCCUCGUUGGUGAUGGGGGUACGGGGAAAACUACUUUCGUCAAACGGCAUCUAACUGGCGAAUUUGAGAAGAAAUACGUGGCUACGUUAGGAGUUGAAGUUCAUCCUCUUGUAUUCCAUACCAACAGAGGACCGAUACGGUUUAAUGUGUGGGACACCGCAGGUCAAGAGAAAUUUGGUGGUCUACGAGAUGGCUAUUAUAUACAGGGGCAAUGUGCCAUUAUAAUGUUUGAUGUCACGUCUCGAGUGACAUACAAGAAUGUCCCAAACUGGCAUCGUGAUCUUGUUCGAGUGUGUGAAAACAUCCCCAUUGUUCUCUGUGGGAACAAAGUCGACAUAAAGGACAGGAAAGUCAAAGCUAAAAGCAUCGUGUUUCACAGAAAGAAGAAUUUGCAGUAUUAUGACAUCAGUGCAAAGAGCAACUACAACUUUGAAAAACCUUUCCUUUGGUUGGCAAGAAAAUUAAUUGGUGAUCCAAACCUCGAAUUUGUGGCAAUGCCUGCACUGGUGCCACCAGAGGUGACCAUGGACCCCAACUGGCAGCUACAGAUCGAGAAAGACCUGAAGGAAGCUCAAGAGACAGCCCUUCCAGAGGACGAUGAAGAUCUGUAAAUGUUUUAGUGUUUGUGUUCGUUUCAGUGCAAAUUUCAUCAAGUCAACUGUAAAAUCACAUUUGCCUUGAUGAAAAAACUCAACAGGGUAAAAUAUACAACCUUUCAGUACAUAAACACAAUAUACUGAGAAACUGUCAGAAGUUAUACAGCCGAUUAAAUGUACCUUGAAGCAACAGCGAAAUGCAUCACCAUUCACUCUUGUGGUCUAUAAAUAUAGUAAACAGUCCUAUAAUAUGCACUCCAUCCAUACAGCUCAACAGUUGAGUGUUGUUACUUGAUGCCUGUAGUGAGCUGUAUGGAUGGAGUGCAUAUUAGAGGACUGUUUAAUAUAUUUAUAGACCACAAGAGUGAAUAGUGAUGCAUUUGGGUGUUGUUUCAAGGUACACUUAAUCGGCUGUAUAACUUCUGACAGUUUCUCAGUAUAUUGUGUUUAUGUACUGAAAGGUUGUAUAUUUUACCCUGUUGAGUGCAUUUUGUUUUUCAUCAAGCAUUUUUAAAGCCUUGUUGUCAGUGGACUCAUCAGAAUAAUUUCUAAAAAACUCAGCUAUUCUUUCCAUAGAAAAUGGUUUUGUCUUAAAACUGAUUGAUGUAUAAAGGAGAAUAAAAUAAAAACUCAUUUUCAGUGCAACAUAUGUACUCAGCAAUUUUGGUAUAAUGUAAAUAUGAAAAUGAGAUUGGGGACAGAUUUGAAAUGUUUGAAUAUUUGAGUUGAGUGUUGUUACUUGAUGCCUGUAGUGAGCUGUAUGGAUGAAGUGCAUAUUAUAGGACUGUUUACUAUUUUUAUAGACCACAAGAGUGAAUAGUGAUGCAUUUGGGUGUUGCUUCAAGGUACAUUUAAUUGGCUGUAUAACUUCUGACAGUUUCUCAGUAUAUUGUGUUUAUGUACUGAAAGGUUGUAUAUUUUACCCUGUUGAGUGCAUUUUGUUUUUCAUCAAGCAUUUUUAAAGCCUUGUUGUCAAUGGACUCAUUUCUAAAAAACUCAGCUAUUCUUUCCAUAGAAAAUGGUUUUGUCUUAAAACUGACUGAUGUAUAAAGGAGAAUAAAAUAAAAACUUUGUUUGUGCUGGCC